AUGUCGGGCAAUAACGCUUAUAGCUGCCACUCUCCUUGGGGGACAUCCUCCACUUGGUUUCCUUGUCCCGCUACGACAGGGACUACGACGACAACAACCACUACCACAUCACCAUCUUCUACUACGACAACUACGACAACUACGCCAACUGCGACGUCUACGACAACUACAACAACUCAAUCCUCUAAUACGAUUUCUUCAAGCCGCUCCCCAACCAAACCAGAUGGCCUUCCUUCUGAUACCUCUACCAGCGUGAAGCAAACUUCUACUGCUGUCCCGAACCCAGAUUCCAGUGUUACCAGCUCUCUUCCUGCGUCUUCACAGACGGCAACGCCACUUCAUCAGCAUGCAUCUCUCUCUACGGGCGCCACGGCCGGAAUUGCAGUCGGAUGCGCUGCUGCCGGCCUCAUCAUUGGCCUUCUUGCUGCUCUCCUACUAUUCCGCCGCCGAAAGGGCAAAGACGUCGCAGACAUAAGCCGCGCACCCAUUCUUGUCAAGUCCAAAGAGCCUCCAUCGGCUGAAAUCGAUGGUAUUGGGCCUAUUGCUGGUAUCCAGCUGGGCCAGUUUCUCCUUGAUGGCGCCCCCGACCAGGAAAUUGUCAGCGAGUUGCAAGCUUUGAGCGAGCUCAUCCACCAGCAUGUAGAAGACUACUACACCCUUCAGCCAGUGGACGUCAGUGUCGGAACUUUGUCGCAGUCGCUCCAAAAUCUUGGAUUGGGAUCAAGUGGUUUGGGGUUGACUGCGGAGGCAAUUGCUACUAUAUGUAUCAAUAGCCAUUCUCGUCACAUUGGCCUACGCUACGUUAUUUCGCGUGUUAUUUUUGCAAGUAUCGACUUCCACACCCGUAGCGGUUUGUCAAUGCUUCCUGGACCAGCUGCUGGAUUCCUCCAGUCUAUCCCCGGAGCUGAAUAUGGUGGUAACAACAAUCUAGCAUUCUCUCAAGCCCUGCAGACAUGGCGCCGCCUGUCCGCUUUCCUCCUCCACCAAAACCGCAGUCAACGAACUUCUUUGCAAGCGGAUGCGUUGACGAUUGCACCACAAGCUCAAUUGGUCUCCAACUCUCUGAAUAAUCUCUUGAACGCCUUUGUUAUCCCUGGAAAAAGCAACCAGCAGGCAAGCCAUCUCCAGGAGGUUGCGAUCGAAUGCGCAAAGCUUGGCUAUGUGCUUUUCUCCCACCCGGUGGAUUGGAAGUUUAUUUUUGAAGAGCCUGGGACUAGAGCGGCCCAAGUACGUGCAGUAAUUAUCUGCCCUGGUUUGGAGAAGUGUAGCGAUCGCGAUGGAAAUCCUAUACGGCCACCCCGAAGAGUUGCAGCACCGGUUGAGGCAGCCCUCUGA